AUGCAAUCUUUUGAAAAUCGGCAAAGAGUGGUCGACUUGAAGAGGGAGGUUUCUGCCCUCAAGAAGGAUAGUAAAUCUCUUGAAUCAAAGAUGAAGAAAUUAGAAAAUCAGGCCGAGGCCGCUGCUAAGGCCCAGCAGAUGGCUGAAGAAAAAGCAGAGUCUGCUAAGGCUAUUAGAAAGGUUGCCGAAACUGAAAAGAAGGAGUUUAAAUCAAAAAUGGUUCAGGCUGAGAAAGAGCUUCAGGAGGCUCUGGCCACAAAAAAUGCCGAAAUCAAAGAAGUCGAUGAGAAGGCCUACGCCCAGGAUGACUCGCCGUUGUGUAAGUCUGAAGCUAUUCCUCUUCCAUUUCCUCCUCUUCCACCUCCAAGUCAGGCUGAAGAGGAAUCUGAGUUUGAGUCUGAAGCCGAAGAUGAGGAUAAGGAUGACGGUGAUGCUCUAGUAAGGAAGCCUAAGGAUGCCAAUGAGACCCAAUCUUUUCCUCAAGAUGAUCAAAUCCUAGACCUGACUCAUGAAGAGGAUGAGGAGGUUAUUAAGGAGGGAACUCCUGAACAAGUAUCUUCCGACGUUCCUCCAGCUGAAAAAAGUCUUGAUGAAACUCUUGCAGAGAUUGACGCCGAGAUUGAAGCAGAAAAGAUUGCUGAGGAGGUUCCACCAGAAUCUUCCGAGGUCCCAGCUCCCCUAGCUAUUAAUGCUGAAGAAUCCUGA